AUGCCCUUCCGUUAUGGCGCGUAUAAAGCCAGACUGCUAGGCCGAACGAAGGCUUCACUGGAAGUAUUUGUGGCGCCACAAGCCAGUUUCGCCAUCAACUGCUGGGCUAGCCUGAGCAAAUGCUCUCGUUUGCGCGUCCUCGAUUUGAGCCUGGUCUCUGAAUGCAUCAAUUUCCAAAGCUUGAAUCAAACCAUCCGCCAACUGGUAGACUUGCGGGAGCUCUGCCUACCCCGUUGCUCGUCAAGAUACGAACAAGCAGGCCCAUCCACCAACGUCCGCUGGCCACCAAAGCUCCAACAUCUUUCUCUAUCUGGGUCUGUGUCAGGCCAGUUCCUAUGGGAUAUGCUACGCCAACCUGAUAACUUCCCCCCGACAUUCUCUUCGCUCAGUAUACAUCACAGCCCGGGCUUAGACCAGCAAGGCAUCAAGCCACUACUACUAAGUUUAGCAAACACACUAACCGUAGUCGAACUGCGCGACCUUCCAGCCGUCAAACAAGGCCGCUUCAACUCCGUACUCGAUUGGCUCCCAAACGUCACCUCGCUCACCAUUGCCCUCGACUACAUUGACACCCGUUUCGGUAACAUGCCGUUGGAUUUCUCCCCUGCCCGCUGGCGCGAGGCCAAACCACUGCGCAGUCUGACCAUCAUGGCGUGUGGGCGUUCAGGCGACCCUUCACGUAGUUUUACCAUGACGGACUUGUACUCAUUGAUGGACGAGCGCUUCUUGGGCCGUUUGCGUUAUCUGAAUAUUGGACAGAGUACGGAGUGGGACAGGGAGGUGGAGGUUUUGGGCGCGUUGGAGUCCUUGCUUGUAGAGGAGUUGGACAAGGAGAAUUGGGUCGAAGGCAGAUGGCACUAUGAGGGUGUGGUGUCGCCGGGCAUACGAAACAUGGAUUACGAGACAUGGAUUACUGAGACUGCGAUUGGGAGGAAGAUGAGACCUCGGUUUCGCGUCUUGAAAAACCGAUGA